AUGUUCAUUUCAACACACAACAAAUAUUAUUAUCAAACAACAAUUUGUUUGUUAGUAUUUGUUAUUAUUACAUUAGCAUCACCACAAGAUAUACCACCAUCAUUAUCACCAUGUAAUGUUAAUAUUGAUUCUAGGUCGACUGUAUUACCUGGUCAACCAUGUGGAUCGAGUAUGUCUAGUAAUGCAUGUCCUACAUUUGCAGAUGCAAUGGCUCAAUGCAUCAACAACUCGACAAACAUCACUCUGACAGUAUACCCCGACAACUAUAUUGGUUCCAGCAACACUGCAGCCAUCAGCCUAACACCAAUCCCUGGAUUCAAUGGUACUAGAGUGUUGAAUAUCGUCAACUAUCUUGUACGUCAAUCGGUCGGAAUCGAUCUUUCAAACACAGUAGCUAGCUUUAUUCAGGCGAGUACAGAUGUUGAAGUGUAUGUUCAAGGCGUCUACUUUUUCAACACUGCACAAGAUAUAAAGACAUUCCCCGGUGCAAUCAUGAGCAUCAAUUCGACAUCAAGUAAUGCAUCGUUUACAAUGGAAGAGGCAUUUGUCAAUCAAAUCACAUCGACCGUUCCAGGAGCUCUAUUUUACAUCAACGCAAGCCCGUCGUCUACGCUCUCUCUCAUCACUUGUGUGGUUGGAGGUAUAGUUGGUACAAGUGGAGCUGUGGUCUAUGGUACCGACGGCUUGUCGGUCAGUAUCCAAGCAUCGACCUUUCAAAACAUCACAUCAAAUGGUAGCGGUCCGGGCACACUCGUCUAUAUCCGAGAUUCGACCAUCUCGAUGAGCAGCCUCUACAUCAAAUUAUCGACCAUCACAGAGAGUGCCAUCCAUAUCGAACGUUCAACCGCCACAAUAGAGUCUAGCAACGCGUUUGGCAUCGAACAAGACUACAACUAUCCAGACCCAGUUGUCUAUUUUUUCGGUGGACAAUCAAACGUCACCAUUAGCAGUGGUUCUCUGACAACCGACAUCUCUGUCAUAAAGAUAGAGGGUGGGUCAUCGGUCUACAUGUUUAAUACAAUGUUUACCUCUUGUAAAUGCCCAUACCUAGUGUCGGUUGGAAACAGCACUGCUUUACUCAACGCUACUCUCAUGACUAUGAACAAUAUCACAUCACACAGUAUUAUCGCAGAGAAUAGUUCAUACGUAGAGUUGGAUGGCGCAAGUUUCUUUUUCAGCACACCGGGACCAAAGCAAGAAGGUGUUUUAAUCUACGUCGAGGAGUCUCGUGUAGUCAUUAACCAAACCAAUAUCCAAUCCUACUACAACUAUUCAUCUUAUUUUGCAUGUGAUGAAGAGUCAAAUGUCACUGUCGAUUCUGGCCACUCUAUCAUGUACCUUACUGCGGUCUAUAACACAGACUACGUGGCAGCAGAAAGCUGCACACCACACUUUUUCUCGUGUGAAAUCCGAGGCUUGGAAGAAUGCGAAAAGGAGCCAUUUGAAUGGGAGCCAGUCGACAUUGUACUGGUCCUUAUCGGAUGUCUCGCCGUUGUCAUUAUAUCUCUAGCCAUUUUCCUUAAAAUCUAUCAUCAAAGACACCAAUACACCCAGCUUUAA